AUGUCUUCUCAACCCAAAACACCUUCUCUUAAACAGGAAAGCCUCCAUGAAUGCGAGGAGGCAGCAAAUACCAUGGAAUCCAGCACUUCUCGCCAAGAGUUGAACCGUAUUCUAACCCGAAUAGACUGGAGGCUACUUCCGGCUCUAGGGCUCAUAUAUGGCAUCUCACUAAUGGAUCGCAAAAAUACGGCCAACGCAGCCGUCGCGGGCAUGUUAGUCGAUCUCAAUAUCGUGUCCGGCAACGGAUACAAUAUCAUCACAUUGAGUUUCUUUCUAUCAAACGUGCUAUCACAACCUGUGAUGGCAGUUUUAUGCCGCAAGGUUGGACCACGGCCAUUUUUAUCCGGUGUGUGUAUAGCUUGGGGCGCAGUUGUCAUUGGGCUGGGCUUCGUGCAGAGCUGGGUGGUCCAGGUUCCACUGCGUCUUCUGCUGGGAGUAUUUGAGGCUGGUUUUGGACCUGGCGCCAUUUACUUGCUGUCUACGUGGUAUACAAGAUACGAGGUUGGCCGUCGAUACUCCAUUUUCUACUUGAGCGGGUGUAUUCUCGCCGCGCUAUCUGGAGUUUUGGCCUACGGACUUAUGCAGCUAAAUGGCCGGGGAGGACUAGAAGGCUGGAGAUGGAUCUUCAUCUUGGAAGGCGUCAUAACUUGUGCAGUCGGCAUACUCGCAUACUUCUUAAUAGUCAAGUUCCCCGACGAAGAGUUGACGAAACCGAGUCCUUGGUUCCUCAAGCCGGACGAACUUAAAACAGUUAUAAGCCGUCUCGAUGCCGAUCGAGGUGACGUCGACGCAGAACCAUUCCAGUGGAGGCGAUUUAUCGGACCAGCCAAACAAGUCGAAAUCUGGUGCUUUGCCUUUCUUUUCUUCCUCGCCACCACCGUAUCAUAUUCCUUCGCCUUCUUCCUACCCAUUGUCCUCCAGCAAAGCCUCAAAUUCAGCGUCGUGCAAUCUCAAUGUCUAAGCACACCGCCAUAUUUCCUCGCCGCUCUGUACAUGUUUGCGGGAUCUUGGGUCGGUGAUCGCUACCACAAAAGAGCUCUCAUUAUCCAAGCAAACUCUCUCGUCAGCAUGAUCGGCUUGCCUAUCAUGGGGUUCCACCCUAAUCCGUCUGUGCGAUACUUUGGUAUUUUCCUGGCUGUGGCGGGAGUGAAUGCCAAUGUGCCAGCUAUUAUGGCAUGGCAGGCGAAUAACGUUCGUGGCCAGUGGCAGAGAGCCUUCUCGUCAACUACGUUGACCAUCUUUGCUAGCAUUGGCGGUAUAGCUGGUAGUCUUGUUUUCAGAAGCCAGGACAAGCCGGAGUAUGUGCCUGGCAUGAUUGCUUGCUUAACGUAA